UUUUAAAUGUGUUUAUUAUUGAGUUUUCCGUGCAUUACUUCACCGACAGAACUCUUAUCUAAAAAGCGGAACACACACUAUAACGUUUGACAGUAUGUGAGGCGCGGUAAAUGCUACCAGCAGCAGCCGUUAGCACGACAGGCGUAGCAGGACUGUAUUAUGUGUAUGAAAUAGACACAUAUAAGUUUACAUUUAGUUAGUUGACAGUGCCACCAAAUGUCUCGUUUUAAAAGGGGCGGAAAACUUGAUUCUCGAGCUGGGUUUAGGACGGAAACACAAGUGUCUCCUGUUCCUAACGGGCUCCUAAAAGCAGCCAGAAAAAGUGGUCAGCUCAAUCUAUCGGGACGGGGUUUGACAGAAGUUCCACUCAGUGUCUGGAGGCUUAAUGUAGACACACCGGAGGAGGCCAAUCAGAAUUUAUCUUUCGGAGCAGACGACCGGUGGUGGGAGCAAACUGAUCUAACCAAGCUUAUCCUCUCAUCAAACAAGCUCGGUAUACUGUCAGAAGAUGUAAAACUGCUGCCAGCUCUUGUUGUUUUAGAUGUCCAUGACAAUCAACUCACUACAUUACCCAAAGAAAUAGGUGAAUUGGAACAACUUCAGAGACUUGUUCUAAGUCAUAACAAUAUAAAAGAAUUACCUGUGGAACUAUGGGGACUAACAAACCUCCAAAGCCUUCACCUGCAGCAGAAUCAACUGGAGCGCCUUCCACAAGAAAUUGGGCAGUUGAUCAAUUUGGAUGAUAUUGAUCUCUCCAACAAUCAGUUAACAGAGGUUCCAGAUGGUGUAGGCAACUUGACAAAGUUGGUAAAGCUCAACCUGUCUAACAACAAGUUAAAGAGCCUGUCUCCUGCUAUUAGGAACAUGAAAAAUCUGAGGAUGCUGGACUGCACACAUAAUCAGCUGGAAAACAUUCCCCCUAUCUUGGCACAGAUGGAGUCUCUGGAGAUGCUGUAUCUUAGGCACAACAAAAUAUGCUCACUUCCAGAGCUGCCACAGUGCAAAUCCCUCAAAGAGCUCCAUGUGGGGAACAACCAAAUUACGGGAAUCCAGGCUGAGUACCUGAAACACCUGAGUGGCCUCUGUGUUCUGGAGCUGAGGGACAACAAGCUGAAGGCUCUGCCCGAGGAGGUCACUCUACUGGAGGGCCUGGAGCGCCUCGACCUCACCAACAAUGACCUGACCAGCUUGCCUUGCGCUCUUGGCAACCUGCCCAAGCUGAAGAGUGUGUCUCUGGAAGGAAACCCUCUGAGGGGCAUCCGGCGAGACCUCCUGACUAAAGGCACCGGGGAACUGUUAAAGUACCUAAGAAGUCGCAUCAAAGAUGAUCCAGAUGGAAAUACGGCAGAGCAACCCACUACAGCUAUGACCCUGCCCAGUCAAGCAAAGAUAGAUGUACACUCUAUUAAGACAUUAAAGACUUUAAAUUAUAGUGAAAAGCAGGAAGCGUUGAUACCUGACGACGUGUUUGAUGCUGCUGAGGGAGGCCCUGUUUCCUGUGUGAAUUUCUCUAAGAACCAGCUGACAGCAGUGCCCCCCAGGCUUGUUGAGUUGAAGGACACAGUCUCUGAUGCCAACCUUGGCUUUAACAAACUCACCAGCAUCCCACUGGAGUUCUGCAUGCUGAAGCAACUGAACCAUGUAGAUCUCAGAAACAACUUUCUCUCUGCACUGCCACCAGAACUGAAGGAUCUAGCCAAACUAAGGAGCAUCAUUUUGUCCUUCAAUAGAUUCAAAGCUUUCCCAGAUGUGCUGUACAAGAUACCCACACUUGAAUCUAUUUUGAUGAGUAACAAUCAGGUCGGUGCUGUUGACCCAAUUCAACUGAAGAUGUUGGAUAAGCUGUCCACUUUAGAUCUGCAGAACAACGACAUCAUGCAGGUUCCCCCAGAGCUGGGCAACUGUACCAGUCUCCGGGCUCUGAUGCUGGAUGGAAACCCAUUCCGAAAUCCCCGUGCAGCGAUCGUGGCCAAGGGAACUGAUGCCCUCCUUGAGUACUUGCGCAGUAGAAUUCCCACUUGAUCUUAACCGUGAACCUGAACAUGGCUGGCUGGGUGGGUGGGUGUGUGUGAUGUCCUCAAAGUUACUUGUCACAGCUUUAAAAGGCAUGAUGCAUCGUUCUCUUUCUUCCACUUGACAAUGAAUUGUUUACACUCUGACAUUCAAUAACACUACCAACGCCUCCAAAAAUCCUGCCAGCAGUUUUCACUCUUGUUGAUUGACAUGAUCAAAUUGUGGUUGAACAGUUGUGGAUGUGUGUCCUUAUAUUCUUUGACGGGGGAAAAAAACGGUGCAUGCUCACAUAUUCAGCACUUCCUGGUGUACGUUUCUCAUCUGUGAUGAAACAAAACUGGUGCACACUCACCAGCACAUCCUGCCAAUAUUUUUACCAAACUGUUGGCUACACUAUGGUCUGUAAUCAGCUGUUCUUAAACCUGUUUGGCUGUUAUUUUAUUAUCAGCCUGUAAUUAUUACAUGCUUAUGAACCGUGGUCUUAAUAAAAAAAGUUUUCUUAUUAUAUGGCAAUACAAACUUUUAUUGCCUUAAAAUACUUUGAUAUGAAACCAGGAAAAAAAUAUAAUUGAAUGACUGAAUCAUGAAAUUAACUGACUACUGGCACACACUGCAGUUUGUUUCUGUUGUCAAUAAAACAGGAAUCUUUUGAAA